AUGAACAAUCUAAUUAAUAAAACAUUUGACCAAGUAUCAAAAAUUGGUGGAAAGAUUGAACGUCGUCUUUCACGAAGUGAUAGUUCCGAUGAUUUGAAACGCAGUGGUAGUGGACUAGAAUUAUCAGCAGCCCCUGCUGGCAUCUUUGGAAACUACAAUAAUUAUGGUCAGCAACAAGUGCGAGCUUAUGGUUAUGGUGGUGGAAAUUAUGGAAAUCAAGGACCUUAUGGAGGAAACUACGGCGGUGGAAAUUAUGGAAAUCAAGGAGCUUAUGGAGGAAACUACGGUGGCCAAUUUAGAGCAGUAAAUCCUUACGGAGCUGGUGCUAAUAUUGGUUAUUCUCCUGAUUAUUAUAUAGCUGAACGUCGUGUAGUUGAUUUAGUACCAGCCCCUCCACCACAAAUCAUUCGACAACAGGUACCGGUUCCCGUUCCAGUUGAUCGGCCGGUACCACAACCUUAUCCAGUUGAAGUUCCGAGACCUGUACCAGUUGAUCGUCCAGUCCCGGUCCCUGUACCGCGACCUGUUCCAGUCGAUCGUCCUUACCCGGUUGCUGUUCCAGUCCCUGUUCCUUCUCCCCCACCACCACCGGUUUAUGUCCCCGUUGGCGUUCCCGUUCCAUCUCCUCGUGCUAGUCCGGUGAUGUUUGAGAGAAAAGUAAUUGAAACCCAACGACAAUGGGUCAAUGUUCCAUCACCAAAUUAUGGUUAUAAUCCAUGUAAUUAUAUGCCGUAA